GGACGAUUUUCCGGGAUAUAUAAAGAGAACGUAGUGAUCACGUGGAAUCGUUUGGAGUUCUGGAGUCCGCCAUCUUCCUCACCAGACGAUUUCCGUGGCCAUGCGCACGAGGAGGGACGCUCAAGAGCAACCCCCGCAGCAGAUGAGGGUGCAGGCAGCCGACGACCGGCCGAUCUCUUCACCUGACGGACGAUAGAUAAGAUGAUUUCCAACCUGAGGAUCUGGGCCCUUUUUUGUGGAUGGUGGGCCCUCUGUGCCGCCGUGGGGGUCCCCAAGAACGAGAGAGAUCUUUUUGAUGAUUUUGCGGAUGAGAUUCGACCCAUUGCUGGCCUGAAACUGCACGCCAUGCCAGCGGAGGCAGAGAGACUGAAGAGACUCUACCCUGAGAACGAGAAGUUCAUCGCCAACAUCCCCUCCAGAUACUACGAGGUCAUCUAUCCGGUGCAGGUGAGGCAGCAUCAAAAGAUGGGAGUUCUGACAAGAGAGACUGACGCCAACAAGACUGGGAAGCACUAUUAUUCGACAUCUUUGUUGGUGAAAGCUUUCAACUAUAAAUUCAAGCUAGACCUUGAGUUGAACACCCAUCUUUUGGCACCGAAUUUAAUCCAAAAACAUUUUCUACCAGAAGGAAUUCAACGCUUGUCUACCCAAGAAAUAGAACAGUGUUACUAUCAUGGGACGAUUAAAGAAUAUCCAGGAGGGAUAGCGGCUCUACGAACAUGCAAUGGCAUAAGUGGAGUAAUUCAUGUGGGGAACGAAACAUUUGUGAUUCACCCAUUCUAUGGAGGGGACUUAUCACGGAAGCACCCUCAUGUGCUUUUUAGAUUUUUCCCAGAAAAUAAAGGCAAGCAUACUUGUGGAAAUACAGGUAUGCACGAGUGGGGUUUCAAGCAGUUCAGAAUACGCCCACCCACAAGAAUUAAGAGGGAUGUUCGGCAAGUGUACAAAUAUAUAGAACUAGCUUUAGUGAUAGAUCAAGCUAUGUUUGAAAACAGAAAUUCUACAAAAGCAGAAGUUGUCAGCGACGCUAUACAGAUUCUCAACUGCGUCGAUCUGUACUUCAAGACUGUGAACACCCGUGUUUCUGUCGUGUACGUGGAGACAUGGGCUCACGGUGACCAGAUCGAUAUAAUAGCCGAUGUCCGGCAGACGCUGCUCAAUCUACUGGACUAUACUUCCAGAAAACUCUAUAAAGUGGCCAAGGAUGCUACGCAUCUGAUCACAGGGAAGCAUUUUCGAGGAAGUGAAGUAGGGAUGGCUGUUCCAGACAGCAUUUGUACUGCUAAAGCUGUUGGUAUCAGCGAGGAUACUAAUAUAUACGAACCUCAGCUGGUGGCCAGUACCAUAACACAUAUGCUUGGUCACAAUCUCGGUAUGGGUCAUGACCACACGGAUGGUACAGGAGGCCCAGAGGAUUGCAAAUGUCAGGACUGGUGGAGUUGUAUUAUGUCUCAAAAUAUUCUAGGGGAAAGUAAAAUCCAGCCAUAUCAUUUUUCGUCAUGCAGUCUCCAAGAUUACAUUAGAGCACUCCGAGUAGGGCAUGGUAUAUGUCUCUUCAACAAACCAAAUCAGCUGGAGGAUUUCCGUACUUGUGGUAAUGGAGUUAUAGAAGACGGCGAACAAUGCGAUUGUGGCAGUAUAGAGGAAUGUCUACGCAGUGAUCCAUGUUGUGAUCCAAUUACUUGCAAAUUAAGAGUUGAAGCCGAAUGUUCCGCUGGUCCCUGCUGUGAAAACUGUAAGUUGCGACCUUCUGGUCAUCUGUGUCGUCCUGCUUUAACAGAAUGCGAUAUUCCUGAGUUUUGUGACGGAAGAUCUGGGCAAUGCCCGACAGAUUUGUACAAAAAGAAUGCCAGCCCCUGCAAUAACGGCGAAGGUUUCUGCUACCAUGGGAAUUGCCCUACACCUGACAACCAAUGUGAAUACCUAUGGGGAUAUGGGGCGGUUGCUUCGGAGCAAGAAUGUUUUGUCCGUUUCAAUACGCAGGGAAGUCUAAAUGGAAACUGCGGGACCGACGGAAGAGGAGGCUACGUCAAGUGCGCUGAGGAAAACGUCCGUUGCGGAUCGUUGCAGUGCCAGAGAGGCUCCAGAACUCCCCUCGUCCCUGGCAUGGACAAGCAGUAUUCGAGAACAAUAGUGUACCUUGGUGGGUCAGAAUACGAAUGCAAAGCAGUUCAGAAAUUUGAUACUUCAAAUACAAAUAAAUCAAGUGCUGCAGGAUAUAAUAUAGCAAUGAGUGGAGGUACUUUAAGUGUUCCCGACAUUCCUGAUUUAGGCAUGGUGCGAGACGGCACAAAAUGCGCUGAAGAAAAGAUAUGUGUAAAUCAAACUUGCGUCAGCAUCACCCAGUUCAUAGAGCCCGGAAAUUGCCCAACAUCCCAUAUGGGACUCGUCUGCUCCGGACACGGGGUGUGUUCGAAUCUGAACAGUUGUUACUGUGAUCGUGGCUGGACAUCAUACGAUUGCAGCCAGCGAGCAGACGAAAGAGCACAUCCAGAAGGUUUCGGCCCCAUUCCCAACCUUUUCACAACCCCUGAAGCUCCCUCCACCGCCGCCGUCGCUGACUGGAAGAACAAAACAAUCCGGAGUUCCUUCGUUGUAACCAAGGGUUCAACUCUAAGUACACCUUCUUUGGUUAUAGUUUUGGUUACAAUUGUGGGAAGUGUAUUCAUAUUUUUUGCUCUCCUAGCCACGUGUUACAGACGCAGCGGGAUUCUGCCGAAAGGCGCUUCAGACUAUCUGAAGAAGCGCUUCGGCAAAAAGUUGCACAUGCCACUAGCAAAAAAAAUGGAUGGUUCCCAAGAGAAUGUCAACCGUAUCAUAACUUUCGGCAGUAUGCCCUCCUACAGGUGUCAUCUCUACGAAACCAGCGAUGGUAAUUGUCCACAAGACCCGCCAAGGUUCCCUCUGCCUCACAUCUCCGAAGGCCCAGAAGGAGUGUGCUAAUCAAACCACCAUGCUCUCACCAAAUCAGUAAAAAAAUGGAGCCAUAGCUGUUUUAGACAAAUUCCAGGAUUGACUUUAACAAAUUUUCAGGUGCAUUCACUGGAAAGGUCUCUUCCUCAUGACUGAAAAGACUGACGCCAGCAACUACCAUUUUCUUUAUGGGUGGAUGUGGUUGCACAUGAUCAUGCUUGUUCAUUAAAGAGGCAGCCAUUUAUUUUUAUCGUUAGCUAAACGCACAAAUUAUAAAUUCAUUGAGUCUUGAAUUUGAUUUAUAGAUGUAAUAAUAAAUAGGCCAUCCAGACUAAAAUUUGAAUUUGCUCAUUUGGUUGCUAAAUGGCUUUUGACAAAUAGUAUCCUGCAGUGGUCUUCUAUAAUUUAAAAACGUUUUGUGUUAUUUUAUUUCAAUUUUACAGCAGCUUUACUAUCUUUUUGGCUAUAUUCUGUUAGACAUCUAACAAAAGAAACAUUUAAUGUGACUGUAAAUUUUUUUAGUGUUGCUGUUUUACUACAUAGGGACCAGUUGCAAGUGACGCCAUUCUUUGGCAGAUACCAUUUUUUUAAACUAUUUUCUCCCCGUUUUUGAUAAAAUUAUGAUUAUAUGAGGAGAAUUUUUUAUCUCUAGCUUUUGCUGCGAAAGAUUGUAUCGAAGGAAUAGUUACUUGAUGAACAGAACCAAAAUGGAAGUAUGAUCUUGUGUUGCCAUCAUCAGCUUUUACUAGUCCUCUCUGCAUCUGCUAUGUGUCAUUAACAUAAAAACUGAUUCAUCAUAUAAGCAAUUGAUGAUUUGAAAAUAAUUGCUCAUAUAAAUGUUUAUCAUCAAUGCUGACAUCAUAACGCUUUUAAUUCACAUGUCAUGACUCUUAUAAAUAAUUGAACAAUUAAAUAAGCAUUCAAUGACCUGGUAACUAAAAUGUUAAUGUUGUCAUUACUGUCUCUGAAUAAUGGGGCUAUUGUACAAUGAUUAAAUGACCUGGUAACUAAAAUGUUUAAGUGCCACAUAUUUUUUCUAUUCUGUGGUACAAAAUUAGACAAGAAUUUUUAACUAGGAUAAUUGCUUAUAAAUCUGCGAUAAAAUACGCGAAAUUUUAGAUGGAUAUUGAAGCACAUUGUAGAAUGUGUUACAAUUGUGUUUCAAUUGAUAGAUUUAAAAUAUUAGCUCAGCUAAAGCAUAUAAGCUUCUUGGUUAAAUCUAAGCUGCUUUAGAAAUCAACUAAAAAUGCACACCAAGUUUGCAUUGCUUUUGCGGUGAUGUGCGCAGAAUCUGUGAUGAAAAGGUGAUCCUAUAUUUAUCAGCAUUUCAUAUCAAAAAUCCAAUUAAGUUCUGUAAAUCUAUUGAAUUUCAAUUUGGAAUCUUAAUGCAAAUUUUUACAAAUUCUUGGCAUUUUAGAUUAGAUAUUAAAGUAAUUUUGAAAAUUUCAACAAUAGUCCAUGCAUAUUACAUCUAUAUUUGUUCUGCGAGAAAAAUUAUGCCUUGCGUAUUAAAUCUUUACUAAUACAAAUUUAAUAGAAAUGCCAAUACUUUUUACUGCAUUUAAUUUAGCAAUGUAUAUUUAACUGUGAUGUAGCAAUAGAAAAUGUUAACAUAAAAUUUAAAUACUAAAAAGCGAUUACAUGUGUUAAUAAAUUGCUUUAUCUUUUACAUUAAUUCUUUUCUAGGUACUGAACUUUACGAUAAACCUGGUAUUGUGUUACAGUAUCGAUCCAAUCAUUAAACACUUAGGAAAAGUUAAACACAUGUAUAAAAUCGAACAAUUCUUGUAAAUAAUACAUAGAUAAUAAUCUCAUUAAAUUACCCAUAUUAGAACAAAAGAAUCGAGAAUAGAAUAUCAUCCACCAGUCGUAUGCCAUUUACCUUCAUAAGUCAGAAACAUAGAAUUAAAAAUUAUAAUUUCUUAAAACAACUAUUAUCGGAGAUAUAUUACGUAUUAGUCCUUACGUAUAUAUUCCGAAAUAAUAGGGACGUGAGUUAUGUGUUAUGAUUUGUAAUGAAAUUGACUCAAAGGUUAUAAAAUAAUAUUAAAUGUUAAAUAUUUCAAUAUAGGAAAAUUUUUCAGAAAUAGAAUGGUCUAAAUAUAGCUACACUACGCUGUAUGUCAUUUAAUUUCAUGGAGUCAUAGUCCAGUUGAACAUUCAAUGACUCACUUUUGAUAUUAAUGUUGGAAAGAAUUCUCUUGAAAGUUGAUCUCUUUGCUGACAAUUCCUGCAUCCAGUAUUCAGUUUUUAACUAUAUUUCUCAUCCAACUUUUCAUCAUCCGUGUGGUAUUUCCUCAAGUAAAUAAAACUAUGCUUUCUCUUUCCGUGCACUGCCAUCUGGCGAUCAAGAUAUGUAUUAUACGUUCAAGCUAUUAAAAUUAGCAAGUGGAUAUGCAAUGCUUCUGUUUGAUACUAUCUUCAUUAGUAAUGAAAUUUAAAUAAAACUGACAUUUCUAGUAUUUAUUUUAAACUAUAAAUUUCAAUUCAACUAGCAAGCAACAAAAAUUGUGCUGAAAUUAUGAGAAUAUAUUUUAAGAAAAUAAGUAAAAGUACAUUACCUUUUUUAAAUCUGGAACAUGUAUUUACACUUCUAGUGGAAUAUACUUUAACUCUGCGAACUUAUUUCACACUUGGCUGAUAUUAAUUGGAGUACAAAAUAUCAAAUUCCAUAAAUUUUAUUCUUAACAGAAUAUUUUAUUGUUGCCACAACUGAUUACUACAAUAAUACAACUGAAAAAUAAAUAAAAGAAAAAUUCAUAAAUAUUAUUUAAAUGAAAGAAUAAACAUAAUUAUUUCCAAUAAAAUCGUCUGCAAUUAUUCACCUAAUUUUCAACAAUAAAUAAUCGUUUGAUAAAUUCGAAAAAUUCGUGCAGCAAAAAAGAAAAAUUGACGAAAUGUCGACUGACGUUUCUAUAAAACAAAUGUGAAGCAUUUUAUUAAAUAAAGUUCUUAAAAUUUCUGCUUCAGUCGCUGUGCAAAUUAUUACACCAAUCGUCAAAUAGAUACAGAUAAUGACCGACAAAAUCUCGUUUCAUGAAUUAGAUUUUUAAAUUCUGUUUAAGCUUAUUCAAGCAGAAGCAACGAUAUCUAAAUAAUAAAAGAACCUUUAAUGCUUAUUCCACAAUUUUGUCGCGUAGACUUCGGUAGGGAAUAAAAAAAAAAAGUAUUUCAUACUAUUUGUCGGGUUCUUUGUGAUUUCUAUGGUUGAUUGUCCAAUUCAAAUGUACGUUUCCUUUUCAUGUUAUAAAGUAAUAUAGAUAAACUCAUCUGUAUUGUAUAGAUCAUUGAAAAGUGAACUGAAAAGCUAUUUUGUAUUUUAGUCUACUUACACGAUUAAAAAUAUUUAGCACUUUGAAAUACUAGCUGUAGCAUGUACAGUUGCGUUUUUCUACUUUUUAAAUUUCUGUCACAUAGCAAAGCGAAAAUCGAUACAAUUUAGGAAUAAUAUUACUAUCCUCCAAUCGUCACCUUUAAUUUUUGAAAAACCGGUACACUUCGAUAGCACAGAAUUAUUAAUUAUUAUGUGAUGUAUUUGUACAUAGGAUGAAGGAAAUAUUCUUGGAUACAGCAGGAACUGAAAUCAUUGAAAAAGGGCAAAGAAAUUAUAAUAUUGUACAUAAAAAUGUAUUUUGGUGUAUCGAAGUUUUAGAGUGAAUUGAAAGAAAAUUUUGGAAGUGUAAUUAUUGAGCAAGAGAGUGUAUUUGUUUAAAGCACUAACUGAUUUAAAAGAAGUGCUUUCUUUUAAAACUAUUUCUCAAGGGAAAAGGUUAUAAUUUACAUGUCAUAUUUAUGCAUUUAUAUGUUAGCCUACUUAUCAUUUUGGUGCUCAUUUUCUAUAAGAUAAAUGUUCUUGUUAUUAUAUAUAUAUAUAUUGUGUGAUUUAAUCUAUUAUAUUUUUAAGUGAAUGAAAACGAAAAGCAGAAGAAAAGUUGUUUAUUCCCAUUCAAACAGAAAUUCUGUUAUAAUAAUUCUACUUUAAUUUCUUGAAGCAUGCAAUUUUUAUUACUUUUAGCUCCAUAUGAUUCAGUAUAUCAUGUGUAUAUCAUGUCAAUCAUGAUAUUAUGGCAUUUCAAAAUGAUGUUCUAUAAUGAAAUAAAAAAAAUGAAUUAAGAACCAAUAUAUUAUAUUCGAAAUUUCAAUAAACGUAGAAUUCUUAACAGAUUAUUUUAUG